CUACUAUUCCCAGAGGGCGCCGCGCUACAGAUUAUCCAAUCAGCUUUAAGUAGAAAACAUCGCGAGGUUUCGGUGAUACUUAGCUCUAUAAGCCCGUGAGAGUAAGUCUCGUAAACCCUUUUCACGAAGAUGGCGCCGAAAGCGAAGAAGGAAGCCCCUGCCCCUCCCAAAGCCGAAGCCAAAGCAAAGGCUUUGAAGGCAAAGAAAGCAGUGUUGAAAGGCGUCCACAGCCACAAAAAAAAGAAGAUCCGCACGUCACCCACCUUCCGACGGCCAAAGACACUAAGGCUCCGGAGGCAACCUAAAUAUCCUCGGAAGAGCGCACCCAGGAGAAACAAGCUUGACCACUAUGCCAUCAUCAAGUUCCCCCUGACUACUGAGUCAGCCAUGAAGAAGAUAGAAGACAAUAAUACACUUGUGUUCAUUGUGGAUGUCAAGGCCAACAAGCACCAGAUCAAACAGGCUGUGAAGAAGCUCUAUGACAUUGAUGUGGCCAAGGUCAACACCCUGAUCAGGCCUGAUGGCGAGAAGAAGGCAUAUGUUCGACUGGCUCCUGACUAUGAUGCUUUGGAUGUUGCCAACAAAGUAAGCUUCCUUUGCCACAAAACUCAACACCCCACCCCCCUGGGUGCAAAUGAUGUGUCUUGUUAGCGACCAAAGCCUGACUUUUGCUGAUUAGUCUUAACUGACUGACUGCACCCUUCUCCUUAAUAGGUCCUACCCUAAGCCCAUGUUUUGUUUCUUAAUCAUGACAUUCUAGCUUAAUCUUCACAUUUCAACUUCCAGUAACAAAACUCCUUUUUGUUUUUCAGAUUGGAAUCAUCUAAACUGAGUCCAGCUGCCUAAUUCUAAA